AUGCCUCCAUCUCCCAGUGUGCAUCCUGCUCAGCUGAAAAUGAAGGGGCUGUUGGUGUUUGCUGCUCUCCUGGCUGCUGCCUUCAGCAAAGAGUCCUUUGUCGGGAACCAGGUGCUCCGUAUCUUCGCUGCCGAUGAAGCCAGUGUGGAGAAGGUGAAGGAGCUGGAGGAGCUGCAGGAGCUGCAGCUGGAUUUCUGGCGGGGACCUGGAGGCCAAGGCGUUCCUAUAGAUGUACGAGUUCCCUUCGCCAGCCUUCAAGCCGUCAAAAUCUUCCUAGAGUCCAAUGGCAUUCGCUAUUCCAUCCUGAUAGAUGACCUACAGGCGCUGGUGGAUGAGGAACAGACUCAGAUGCUAAGGCAUCAUUUCACGCCCCGGUCUGUGGAGACUUUUAACUACGCCUCUUACCACACUCUGGAUGAGAUCUACGACUUCAUGGACUUAUUGGUCGCUGAAAAUCCAGACCUGGUCAGCAAAAUUCAGAUCGGGAACAGUUACGAAGGCCGCCCUCUCUACGUCCUGAAGUUCAGCACUGGAGGAACCAAGCGCCCAGCUAUUUGGAUCGACACCGGCAUCCACUCCCGGGAAUGGGUCACUCAGGCCAGCGGAGUCUGGUUUGCAAAGAAGAUUGUGGAUAGUUACGGCAAAGACCCUUCUCUCACCUCCAUCCUGGACAACCUGGACAUCUUCCUGGAAAUCGUCACCAACCCCGAUGGCUUUGCUUUCACCCACACCAAGAACCGCAUGUGGCGUAAGACCAAGUCCAUCAACUCUGGGUCGGCCUGCAUCGGCGUGGAUCCCAACAGGAACUGGGAUGCGGGUUUCGGCGGGAAAGGGUCCAGCAGCAACCCCUGUGCCGAGACUUACCAUGGCCCCUACGCCAACUCGGAGCGUGAGGUGAAAGCCAUCGUGGACUUUGUGAAGAGCCAUGGGAACAUCAAAGCCUUCAUCUCUAUCCAUAGCUACACCCAGCUCCUCUUGUAUCCCUACGGCUACACCACAACCAAGGCCGCCGAUUACCAGGAACUGGAUAAUAUUGCUAAAGCAGCAGUCGCUGCCCUGUCUUCCCUCUAUGGCACUCAGUACAGAUACGGCAGCAUCAUCACAACCAUCUAUCAAGCGAACGGUGGAACCAUUGACUGGACUUAUAACCAGGGCAUUAAAUACUCCUUCACUUUUGAACUGCGGGACACAGGGCGUUAUGGGUUCUUACUGCCUGCCAACCAGAUCAUCCCUACUGCCGAGGAGACAUGGCUGGCACUGAUGACCAUUAUGGAGUACACACGGGACCAUCCCUAUUAAAACAGGACAGACUGUGAGCUCAGUUUAUUUCUCUGGAGGAAUCCAGUGAG